AUGGCUACAAAUGAAGACGGAUACAGGUGUGCCCUACCAGCAGCUCAGAUCCCACAAGGGCGUUGCCAAAAUGAUGAACACCUCUUGGUGCCCCGCUCUGAGCUGAAGAAGCAGUCACCAGAGUCAUCUGAUGAGGCUCCUGAGAUCCCAUUCCUCUCUUACACCUGGACCAUCACAUUCCUCACCAUCACCGGGGUGGACAGGACACUAAUUUUACCCCACUUCAACCUUGAAUUGAGGGGGGUGGGGGGAAGGCGGCUGAGUUCCUUCCCCCACCCUCCAGCCCUGAGACCUGAGAGGGGGAUUGAGCCUGAGAGAGAAGGAGAAGGAGUUUCUUCUUCUUCGAAAAUCCCCCAUCUACGACUCCUACCCCCUCACCCCUCCACUAGCCUCCCUCCCGAGCCCCCUCCAUCCUCCUCCUCUUUGGCCGUGAAAGGAGAGAAAGAGACCAAAAGCCUCUUAGCAACACAGACCCUUCUCUGCUGCUGCUGCUGCUGCUGCUGCUGCUGCUGCUGCUGCUACUGCUGCUGCUGCUUGGCCCUGGCUGGAGACAUCUCACUACACCCGGGAGCAGCCACUUCCCCAGCUCUCCUCCUCCUUCGCCUCCUCCUCCUCCUCCACUCCCCCCCCUUUAUUACCCUUUGUGUCAUCCUCCACAGCUCCAGGGAAGGCACUCAAAAGUGGGGGGCAGGAAAGCUUAGAAGUCAUCCCUUCUGCGGACAUUCUCCGAUCUUUUCAUUUUGCAUUAGGUGUACCUCCUCUGUGAACAUCUGUAGUAUCCUGUGCAUACUCAGAUGCUUAUUGAAGAUAUCAGUUUCUGCGUAUGGGAAGUAGCUAUUGAAGGGUAUAUGGUUUACAGACAAGAUCUUUAAAAAAUAGACACUCAAGGACCAAGGAAAUAUAUACCAGAAGCGAAGAGCACAGAAUAUUUUUCUUCAUCAAUCUGUAGAACUGUGAUACUCCUCUAAUUCCAUCAAACACAAAGGAAUGAUCACCUUGGCAGAUGGCCACAGAGGACGUCAACAAUUAU